CUUUAUUAUACUUCGAGUCACGGUGAAGUAAACUUCGUUUGUAUUUGAAGAGUUACACGCAAACUGUCUAAAUACAACAGGAUCGUGAUUGAUAGCCAUCAAGCAAGAAGGCUGAGAAGACUCCUAUUAUAACCAGCUUUAAGAUGGAGAGUGGGCUCCACACCAGAGACAAAGCUGGAGUGCAAGAUUUUGUGUUGUUAGAAGACUUCACAAGUGAAGAUGCCUUUAUUGACAACCUGCAGAAGCGCUACGAUUCUGACCUUAUUUAUACUUACAUUGGGACUGUCGUUGUAUCGGUCAACCCCUAUCAAGAUCUCUCCUUAUACACCCCUGAAAUGAUCGAAAAAUACCGAGGAGAAAACUUAUAUGAACUUCCACCUCAUAUUUAUGCAAUUUCUGAUGAAGCAUAUCGUUCCAUGAAGGAGGAACGACGGGAUCAGUGUAUAUUAAUUUCUGGUGAAAGCGGAGCAGGAAAAACUGAGGCAUCUAAGAGAAUUCUUGAGUAUCUUGCUGCCAUAAGCACAUCGUCAUCAGAAGUGCAUAGAGUCAAGGAUAGAUUGCUCAAAUCUAACCCUGUGUUGGAGGCCUUUGGAAAUGCACGAACCAAUCGAAAUGACAACUCCAGUAGGUUUGGGAAGUACAUGGACAUUCAAUUUGACUUUAAGGGAGCUCCAUUCGGGGGACACAUUCUGAACUAUCUUUUGGAAAAAUCAAGAGUUGUCCAUCAAGCUAAAGGAGAAAGAAACUUCCAUAUUUUUUACCAACUGUUGCAAGGUGGGGAUAAGGACCUUCUUGAAAAACUGCAACUGGAGAGAGACCCAAACGAAUACUUUUAUCUGAACCAAGGUGAAUGCGUUAAAGUGUCAUCUAUCAAUGACCAGUCUGACUUCAAAGUCGUAAAGAACGCUUUGUCCGUCAUUGAGCUGACAAAAGAAAAGCAGGAUGCCUUGUUCUCCAUUGUUGCCUCUGUUUUGCACCUGGGUACUCUUUCCUUUCAAGAGAUAACUGAGGGAAAUGACCAUCAAAUCACGAUAGAGAAUGCUCGCCCUGUUAACAUCAUAUCCAAGCUGCUUGGAUGUCCAGAGGAUGUGUUGGAAGCUGCUCUCACAUCAAGAACUGUUGAAGCCAAGGGAGAGAAGAUGAACACUCGUCUAACUUACGACCAAGCACUGUAUGCACGAGAUGCCUUGGCUAAAGCAAUCUACGAUCGUUUGUUCACAUGGGUUGUACGCAGUAUCAAUGGCUCACUGCAAAGGAAGAAGCACAACAGUCCUAUUACCUUAUUGGGAUUACUUGAUAUUUAUGGCUUUGAGAUUUUUCAGUCUAACGGUUUCGAACAGUUUUGCAUCAACUACUGCAAUGAGAAACUCCAGCAACUGUUUAUUGAACUGACACUACGAGAGGAGCAAGAAGAGUACAAGAAUGAAGGAAUCGAGUGGGAGCCAGUGGAAUACUUUGACAACAAAAUAAUCUGUGACCUCAUUGAAGUGAAACACAAGGGUAUUAUCUCAUUGUUGGACGAGGAGUGUGUUCGCCCAGGACAAGUGUCUGACAGUACGUUCAUAACCAAACUAGAAACGGCUAUUGGUGGACAUCCACAUUUCUUGUGUCAUGCUACUGGUGACUACGCUGAACGAAAAUCCAUCGCACGAAACGAAUUUAAACUGAAGCACUACGCUGGCAAUGUGGUCUACAAUGUCACUGGUUUUGUUGACAAAAACAACGAUCUCUUGUACAGAGACUUGAAGGAGGCCAUGUGUCAAAGCACAAACAUCAUUACGUCGGAGAUGUUUCCUCAAGAGGAAAUGCAGUCUUUAAAGAGACCUGACACUGCUGGUACUCAGUUCAAGACAAGCUUGAAUCACCUGAUGUCAAUCCUCAUGAGCAAACAACCUUCUUACGUAAGAUGCAUUAAACCCAACGACAGUAAACGAUCCGGCAAUUUUGACGAGCAGUUGGUUCGGCAUCAAGUCAAAUAUCUUGGUCUGAUGGAGAAUGUGAGGGUCAGACGAGCUGGUUUCGCCUACAGAAGACCCCAUACUUUCUUCCUUAACCGGUACAAGUGCUUGUGUCCUGCGACUUGGCCGACGUGGCAUGGUAAUCCGAAGGAAGGAGUUAACGAGAUCUGUGUUCAUGUUGGCUUCAAACCAGAGGAAUAUAAGCUGGGAUUGAGCAAGAUAUUCAUCAGAAAUCCUAAAACACUGUUCAACAUUGAAGACAUGUAUCAUACAAAGAAGGAUAAGAUUGCGGUCAUUAUCCAGAAAAAGUAUAGGGGGUACAGCGCCAGGAAGAAAUUCCUUCAAGUUCGUUUGGCAGUCACCACCCUGGCUGCACACUGGAAGAGAUUGAAAGCACAAAGACUGUUAGCUCGAAGAAAAAAUGCUGCUCAUCUGAUAAGGAAGUUCGUCAGAGGUUUCAUCACCAGAAACGAAGAAGCAAACGAAGACAACGUCGGAUUCUUAGCGUACGUUCGCAUGGCGUUUCUUCUCAACCUGUCGAGGAAUCUUCCAAAGACAAUCCUUGAUAAGUCAUGGCCAACGCCUCCUCCUUCACUUAAAGAGGCAUCCGAUCUUCUUCACCAAUACCACUCCCGCCAUCAACUGAGUUCUUACAUGAAGAAGAUGACUCCAGAACGUAAGGCACAGCUUGACAUGAAACUUUUGGCCAGUGAGUUGUUCCUAAACAAGAAAGCAAACUACCCUGCGAGUGUUGCCAUCCCAUUUGUCACCAACAGACUUGACGUGUCCCAGGACAUGCAAAAAUCCUUAGUGUUUGAUCAACAAAUCGCGGGACCCACUGAAAUGGCUAAGUACUGCGUUGGAGUUCGCAAAUAUGACAGAAAUGGCUACAAGCCCAGAUCACGUGUUCUUAUUCUCACAGAUACGGCAAUUUAUCUGCUGGAUGACAAGAAUUUCAAACAGAAACACAAGCUGUCUUACUCUGCCUUGAAAGCAAUUUCUGUGAGUAGUUUAAAAGAUGACGUUUUCGUUCUUCAUAUUGCUGGCACCGACAAAGAAGAUAAGGGUGAUCUCAUUCUUAGCACAAGUCAUGUCGUGGAGGCAAUUGUUCAAAUUAUUGUGGCACUUGACAAAAGAGAACUGCUCAAAAUUGAAACAAAUGAAAUUUCACACAACAUGUUUAAUGGCAAGAAAGGCAAGAUAAUCUUCACCAAAGGAAGUAAGUCCUCUGCCAAGAAAGGAAAGAAUGGUUACUUUGAAGUGGUUGCACAAGCAUAAUCCUGAAGUACUAUCAACAAACUACGACCAGUAGACCGCGCUGAUGGU